AUGUCUCCAUACUCUCUUAUAUUUGGAAAAGCCUGUCAUUUACCUUUAGAGUUGGAGCACAAGGCAUUUUGUGCAGUUAAGAAGUUAAACAUGAACUUGGACACUGCGGGUGCUCAACGCAAACUUCAACUCAACGAGCUCGAGGAGUGGCGAUUGAACACGAACGAGAACAACCAGUUGUACAAAGAAAAGAUAAAGCGUUGGCAUGACCAACACAUCAGUAAGAAAGAACUUGUUAUUGGCCAAAAAGCUCUAUUGUUCAAUUCACGUCUGCGUUUGUUUCUAGGAAAAUUAAAAUCCAGGUGGUCAGGACUCUUUAUCAUUAAGACAAUCUUUCCAUAUGGAACUGUGGAAAUAACGCGAGAAGAUGGCACCAACGCAUUCAAAGUAAACGACCAGAGAGUGAACCCUUACUUUGAAGAUGGACUGGAAUGUCAAAAGUCAUCUCUUGUACUACGCUAA